AAUGAAGUGCUGAAAUUAAAUUAUUUCAAAAUUGGUAGCGAAGGUGCAGUGAUCCCCAAAAUUCCUCAGCCCCAACCUCUUUCCUGGCCAUGGAUUUCGAUUUCCUUACUCCGCCACCAGAGGAGCGUAUCAUCCGCACCAAUAAUCUAACCGAAGAACAGGUUAAGGAUUUGGAGAUGGCUUUUUCCCUGUUCGACGAUCAAGACCUCAAGGUCAUACCCAUAAAGCAGCUGAGACAGCUAAUGCGAGCUGUGGGCCAAAAUCCCAGUGAUGUUGAGCUGCAGGAUAUAAAUACAGAAAUUGAUGCUGAUGGGUCUGGAGAGCUAUAUCUCAGCGAUUUUUUGUACAUCAUGUCUCAGAGGUACGAGAACAUGACGACCGAGGAUGAGAUUAUAGCGGCUUUCCGGGUGUUCGACAAGCAAGGAACCGGGUUUAUAUCCGAAUCGGAGUUCCGUCACAUCAUGAAAAACAUGGGAGAGCAGAUGACAGACGAUGAGGUGGAGGAAAUCAUCCGUGAUGCUGAUUCCGAUCAUGAGGGAAACAUAGACUAUGUGCGAUUUGUCAACAUGAUGUCCACCACAUGAGGAUCUAUAGAAGUAGGCUU